GAAAGAAUUUAACUGCGCAAAAGUCCUGUGUGGUGACGGAUGUCCAAAGUUCAGAACUUUUUCAGUGUGCGUUUCAUAUGGUCUCGAGGAUGGGGACAGCUUAAGUACAGCAAACUACACCUCGAGGAAGACUUUUCCCUCUUUUUUUCCCUCUGUUUAAGUUAGAAGCGAGGAACCGUGUUUUGCGCACCUCAGCCUUCAGAGGAGGGAGGAGUGGAGCUCACUCUGCGUAUUUUGGAGCUUUAUUUUUGUCGGAUCAAAGUGAAAACAUGCAGGCUCGCUAUUCCGUAUCCAGUCCCAACUCACUGGGCGUCGUGCCGUACAUCAGCAGUGACCCAAGCUACUACCGGGCCGCAGCUGGUGGAGGAUACACAGGGAUGCCAGCACCUAUGAACAUGUACUCUCACGCGGCUCAUGACCAGUACCCUGCCAGCAUGGCACGGGCGUAUGGACCGUACACCCCUCAACCUCAGCCCAAGGAUAUGGUCAAACCCCCCUAUAGUUACAUUGCGCUAAUCACCAUGGCUAUCCAGAACUCGCCUGACAAGAAGGUGACCCUGAAUGGGAUUUACCAGUUUAUCAUGGAGAGGUUUCCAUUUUAUCGAGACAACAAGCAAGGCUGGCAGAACAGCAUCAGACACAAUCUGUCUCUGAAUGAGUGUUUUGUCAAGGUGCCCCGAGAUGAUAAAAAACCCGGUAAAGGCAGCUACUGGACCUUGGACCCGGACUCUUACAACAUGUUUGAAAACGGGAGCUUCCUGAGAAGGAGGCGGCGGUUCAAAAAGAAGGACGCGCUGAAAGAGAAAGAAGAGCGACUGCAGAAGGAUGUGCCGCCGAGGCAGCAAGGCCGGGAGCAGGAACCGCCAGUGCAGGGCUCCCAGCCUGUGAGGAUUCAGGAUAUUAAGACUGAGAAUGGGACAGUCACACCACCGCAGGCCGAUUCGCCCACCUUGAACACUGUUCCCAAAAUCGAGAGCCCAGACAGCAGCAGCAUGUCCAGCGGGAGCCCUCACAGCAUCCCUUCCAGCAGGUCAAUCGGAAUGGACAACUCCGAUCACCACCAGCACCACGGGCAGGCCUCGACGCAGGGUUUCAGCGUAGACAACAUCAUGACCUCCCUCCGGGGGUCUCCACAGGGGGCCACCGAGCUCACCUCCAGUCUCACCCCCUCCAGCAGGACAGGUAUAACACCAUCUUUGUCCUUAAACUAUUCUCCAAGUCAGACAUCUGUCUAUAAUUCACCCUGUAACCAAAACUCAAUCUCCACUACCUCCAAUGCAACUUAUCAUUGUAACAUGCAAGCCAUGAGCCUUUACGCUGGGGAUAGAUCCAGCCACUUGGCACCGAGCACCACCGUGGACGAAACGUUGCCAGAUUACUCAGUCACAACCACCUCAUCCUCCCUGACCCACGCUAAUCUAAAUUCUGGGCAGGAGGGCCAUCAUCCUCACCAGGGGAGGCUGACCUCAUGGUACCUCAACCAGGCUGGAGACCUGGGUCAUCUGGGCGCAACUUACCCAGCACAGCAGCAGAACUUCCAUUCAGUCAGAGAGAUGUUUGAAUCCCAAAGAAUUGGCUUGAAUAACUCACCAGUGAAUGGGAAUAACAGCUGUCAGAUGUCAUUCCCCCCGAGCCAAUCCAUCUAUCGCACUUCGGGAGCUUUCGUAUAUGACUGCAGCAAGUUCUGACCAAAACAAAAAGAAAAGCUCAAUCGUUUCCCCGUGUUUGAACUAUUCCCUCUUCUACUUGUCCACAUCAUAUGAAUAUGACACAAAAAAGAAGAAAAAAAAAGAAAAAAAAAAUCAGAAAAGACUUGAUCUUGGUUUUUCUAAAGAACAGUGUUACUGCAAAUAACACG